AUGGCUGACUCGGCGAAAGCGGAUUUCCUCCAAGGGGAGUUUGACGACGCCAUAUUCUCCAUGACAGACUUUGAGAGCAUCACGUUCGACGCCAUGGGCGACAUGGGCUUAGCAGACGACGGUCUCGCCGCCAUGAGCGCUGCAUUGAACGGGCUGUCCGCCACCACCGCCGGUGCUACAAACGCGGCUGUAUCCGGUGGAACGGGUAUGCCUGUGCUGCCAGACGCCGUCCACGCGCCCAGCCAGCACGAGCCGUGCAGUAACGACAUGGUCUUCAAGUCCUAUGCGCAUGCCAGUGCGCAUGUCAGUGACGCCCGCGUUGGCCUCCAACCCGUGCCUGUGGGUGCUGCUGGUGAUUCUGGUGAUGCUGGUGCUGGUGCUGGUGCUGGUGCUGUUCCUGCUGCGGCUGGUGGUUCUGCUGAUGGUGCGUCUGAAGCUGCUGCUGCUUCUCCGGGUGGUGCCGUUUCCAGAGGUACUGGAGCUGGUUCGAACGGAGCGGGGGUGGUGAGCCCGUCAGUCUCCCACAGCAGCAGGCACGGCAAGCAAGCGGCAGCAGCAACAGCACCACAGCAGCAGCAGCAGCAGCAGGCGAUGUCCCAGCAGCAAUUAAUAUCGCAGCGGCAAUCCAUGACCCAGCAGCAAGUAAUGUCUCAGCAGCAGCAGCAGCAGCAGCAGCAGCAGCAGCAGCAGCAGCAGCAGGAGGCAGCGGCACAGCAUCAAGCCAUGGCCAGGCAUGCGUUUCAGAUGGCAUCUUGGCAGGGGCACAUGGCAGGAGCGGGACAAGGGCACAUGCAUGCUGCCAUCAAUCAGUCGAUGAAACAAGAGCAAUUCGAGGUGCAACAAGGGGUCGGCGGAGGAGUAGGAGCAGGUGAUGCAUCAGGAGCAGCAGGUAUUGGUAGCAGCAUAGGAACAGCAGCAAUGACAUCUCACCUAGUGCCAACCGCAACCACCACCACAAGCGCCGCCACUGGCACCACUCUCCCCGCCCUCCGUCCCAUCAUGCCCCCUUCCUUGCGCGGCCUGCCCAACCUCCCAGGCCUGCCGCCGCCCUUUGUCUUUCCCCCUGGCAUGCUCCCUGGAAACGCCUCUGGCGCUGCCUUGCCACGCCCCCUUGCAGUGGGGAGCGUGGGAAGCAUGGGGGGAAUGGGGGGCAUGGGGAGCAUGGGGGGGAUGGGUGCCAUGGGGGGCAUGGGUAGCAUGGGGGGGAUGGGGGGCAUGGGGGCGGGGGGUGUGGGCGCUGGUUCGGCAACAGCAAUGGAAGCAACAACAGCGAAAGCAGUCUCGUCUGUAGCAGCAGCAGCAGCAGCAGGAGCAGGAGCAGCAGGAGGAACAGGACUAGCAGGAGUAGGGGCUAUCAGCAGCAGGGCUGGAAGCUUUGUGAAGACUGAAGGGUUCGAAGGGGAUGCAGAGUUAUGCAGCCACAAAAUGGUUAGAUCAGGAUCCAUCGGAGGGGGUACAAGAGUAGGAGCAGCCGGAGGAGCAGGCAGAGCAGCAGGCCAUUAUAAUAAACCAUCCGUGGGAAUCAGGCGAGGAGUGAGCUUGCACGAGGGGCUAUCCAACAUGCGCUCCUUGCCCCCUGGUUCUCCCGCAGUGGUUCUUUCUCCAGGCGGAAUCAUGCUGCAAUCUCUGGCGUCACCAGCUCCGAACGCGCCCUCGCAGUCAUCAGGAGCGCCCUCUCCUCGCGCCGCCCUGCCAUGCUCACCUCGUUCCCCCUUCCCCCCCUCGCCUCGAUCAGCUUUGCCCGCCCCAUCGUUCAGAGCUGUGGGUUCGGGGUCGGGGGGAGUGGGAGGACUGGGUAGGGCCAUGCCUACCUCCCCCUCGGUUGCCUCUGUGCCUGCUGCUACCGGCUCUUCUGCUGCCAGUGCUGCUGCCGCUGCUGCUAUGGCUGCUUCUGCUGCCGCUGCUGCGGCUGCUUCUGCCGGCCCGUAUGCUAAAAUGCGCCGAGUUGCCUCUGCUGGACAGCUGUCGCAUUCCCAUUGGCCGGCUCCUGCAGCAGCAGCGGGCGGGCACAUGGAUGCGCACGCGCACAUGAGGCAGAGGCUAGGGGCGGAGAUGGGGGGAUGGGGGGCGGGAGGGGGAGGGGGAGGGGGGGCAGGCACAGCAGCAGCAGGGACAGGGCGGGUAGCAGGGGCUGUGGCAGGGAUGGCCAAUGGGUGUGUGGGGGGGACUCAUAGUGGCGAGGGCAGCACAGGGGAGCAAGGGGAGGAGGCACAGGGCCGAGGGGCAGAGAGAUUUGGGGGGUUAGGCGAUAGGAGCUUCAGCAGCCAUGCGUUGGGUCAGCUGCACAUGCAGCACAUGCCAGGCCUCCCGCCGCUCCCCCCGGCAGCAGCAGCGGCGCAUUUGGCAGGGCAGCAUAUGCCUGUGGGCAUGGAGGGGGGUGUCAUGGGCAUGGGCGAGGGGCUAGUUGGGGGAGGGGGAGGCGCAGGCAUGGGGGGAGGCAUGAGCGGCGUUGGAGGCAUGGGAGGCAGCAUGGGGGCUCCGAUGCUGCCGUCGUUCAGCAAUAUGAGACGAGCUCACAGCACAGGAGACAUCCAGUCCCUGGCUGCAAUGCGUUCUCUAGCCAUGGGUUUCGGCCACCUCCCAGCAACACCUGGAGCGGCAGGAGCAACAGGAAUGAGCCCCUUUGAUGACCCAGCCAGUGGUUUCCUCUUUAACAAAACCCUCCCCUCUUUUCUGCAACUCAUCAUGUCUGCCCUUCCCCGGUCUUCUGCCACUUGCCUUUCCCCCGUUCUUUCAUCUGUUCGUGCAUUGGUGGCAACACGGCAUGCACAUGAGCAGUAUGCGUGUCGGAAGAACCUGGCGGACAGUCGGCCACGCGUGAGAGGAAGAUUUGCACGCAACGAUGAGAUUGAGGAGGGUUUCGCACGCUCCUCUCAUCUUUCUUUCCCGUCCUUCACCCCCACCCACCCUCGCCCCAAGCAGCAUGAGCAACAGGACAAGGACAGUCACAGUGGGGAUGGUGCUGAUGCUGACGGUGCAUGUGCUGAUGCUGACGUGGACAUCUCAGGUCCACAUGGCACGUCAUCGCAUGGCAUAUUGCCCACAUCGCAUGCUGAUAUGUUUUCCGCAGAGGACUUUUCUGACAUGCUUUUGGAUGGCCCCUUCGGGUCCGAUGUUUUCUUUGACAUUGACCCUCCUGCUGGUCGUAGCAGCACUUGA